AUGUCUGUUGACUUCAGCUCUUUGGCCCAACAAUUCACAGAAUUCUACUACAAUCAAUUCGAUAGUGACAGAACCCAAUUGGGUAAUCUGUACAGAGAGCAAUCGAUGCUCACUUUCGAAACUACCCAGUUGCAAGGAGCCAAGGAUAUCGUUGAGAAGCUAGUCUCUUUGCCGUUCCAAAAAGUAGCUCAUCGUAUCACUACUUUGGACGCUCAACCGGCUUCUCCUAAUGGUGACGUCUUGGUCAUGAUCACCGGUGACUUGUUGAUCGAUGAAGAACAAAACCCACAACGUUUCUCCCAAGUGUUUCAUUUGAUGCCAGAAGGAUCUUCAUACUACGUGUACAACGAUAUCUUCCGUCUAAACUACUCGGCUUAG